AUGCGGCGCACGCAGAAGGGCAGCCACAACAUCUCAACCCAAACCCAAACCCACCCCGCAUUGUGUUGUGCCUGUCAAAACGUACCACGGACCAAGCCAACUGCCGACGGACCUCCAUGGUCUCUGCGAAAUCCACCGCGAGAGUGCGAGGAAACCCACACCAGCCCACCGCCAUAG